GCCGGAGCGACAUAUCUGCACUGGGCGCAUGUAUCUCCCGACUUUCUAUAUCACGGCGUGUCUCUCCCCCUCACCUUGGCCUUUGUUCAAUCUCAAUCCUCAUCCUCAGAUCUUCUUACUGUCUACUCUUCCCCUUCGUCAGAGUACACAUCAGCACUUUUCAUACUUUCGCACACCCCCAGACGUCACAAUGGUUGCCAAGCACGACGACUCGUUCAACAACAAGUCCCACGGUGCUCAGUUCGAGGGCAAGGAUCUCAUCACUUUCGAUGAGAAUGCCGUCUACGGCGACUGGCGCGAUGAGUUCCACAAGCAGGGCUGCGUCGUCAUCAAGAACGUCAUCACCAAGGAGCGCGCCGAGUACUACGCCCAGAAGCAGAUGGAGUGGCUCAAGAGCUUCGACCUCGGCUUCGACGAGAACGACCCGUCCACCUACACCGCCGAGCACCUGCCCGUCAGCUUCAAGGGCGGCAUGUACAUGGCCUACGCCUCGUCCCACGAGAAGAUGGCAUGGGAGGCCCGCAUGGAGCCCAAGAUUGUCGAGAUCUUUGAGACGCUCUGGGGCACCAAGGAGCUCCUCUGCUCCUUCGACGGCAUGAACAUCUCUCUCCCCAACCGCACCGACAUCAAGUGGUCCCCCUGGCCUCACUGCGACCAGAACCCCCGCCGCAAGGGCAUGCAGGCCGUCCAGGGCCUCCUCAACUACGCCCCCUGCGGCGACAAGGACGGCGGCCUCGUCCUCAUGAAGGGCUCCGCCAAGCUCUUCAACGAGUUCUUCGCCGAGAAGCGCGAGUCCUUUGACCACGAGGACGCCCCGCCCCCGGAGCUCGAGUACAUGGACCUCUUCCUCUUCAGCCAGAAGGACGUCAAGUGGUUCGAGGACCGCGGCUGCGAGCUCGUCAAGAUCAACAUGGAGCCCGGCGACUUUGUCCUCUGGGACUCGCGCACCAUGCACUACGCCAAGUUCCCCGAGGGCAACCAGAUCCGCCACGUCCAGUACAUCUGCAUGACCCCCGUCCAGUUCGCCAACGAGGAGGCUCUCGCCGCCAAGAAGGAGUGCUUCGAGAAGUGGCAGGGCACCACCCACUGGCCUCACUGCAACAUCCGCCCCACGGAUGACGCCCCCAUGCGCGACGGCAAGCCCUGCCCCAAGAACAGGACCGAGCCCCGCGAGAAGCCGGUCAUCACCGACCAGCUCCUCAGACUCGCCGGUGUCAAGUCUUACUAGGUUGAUUCGGUAUGCUCUAUGUGAUGAGAGCACAAGGGAAAAAUUGUGUUGCUUGGUAGCUUCCUGUCUGUUUUAUUAUACGUGAUCCUAUUAGCGAGGUUUGCAUUUACAAGGCUCAACAACACAUGAUGGAGACACGAG